AAUUGUCUUUUAUCCCUAUAACAUGUAAACAAAAAUAUUUAAUAGUAAAUUAAUUUUUAUUAACUUAUAUGUUAAUUAUGAUUAUAAUAUAUAUUCGUUUGUGUAGCUAUAUAAAUAGUAUUUCCAUUACACUUUAACUACUUAAUAACCAACAUAUGAUCAACAAAAUACACCUAACCUAUUUUUUCCUUCAAAACUGCUUAAAACAGCUUUCAGAAUGGACGUGGAAGAUGAAAAUAACUCUUAUUUAAAGUAUCUUAACGACACCGAGACGCCCAGCGCUUAUUUAGUCGAAAACAAUGAGGUGGGGCUAUUUUCAGUUGAGCCCAUAUUUACCGAAAUGGAAGCCUCAGAUUGGCCCCAAGAAGGUUUCCCUUUAUUACUUACAAGUUCCUUAAUAACAGAAGAAUGUACUCCUGCUUCAGAUAUUCCCAACAACCUCAGUGAUGUUUUACCAAGUGAACCAUCAUAUGAAAACAUUGCUAAUCAUGAGGAGGAUUCUAAUACACAUUAUGAAGAGACGAUCGAAACUUUACAUCAAAAAAGUGUUAUUGAUUCUUCGGAAAAUAAUUUGAUGCAAGUAAAAAAUCAAUUGAUAUUUAGUAAUGACACUGUUCAGGCUACAGAAAUUUCAUUUGAUCAGUCAGAUGAAGACAAAAAUGAGAUUGCUGUAGAUCAAAAUUGUCUUCAGAUAAUGCAGCAUGGCAUACAACAAAAUGGUGAUGAUGAUAACUUUAUUGCAGUAUAUGGCAAUGAUUCUAAUCUGGAUCUUGAAACAAAUGAAAAUUACAUAUUAAUUGAGUCCCCAAAAAACUUAAAUAACAUUAUUCAGGUAGUAAAAUCAGACCAUAAUACACCUACGAAUUUACAGCCUACUGUAAACCAUUUAAACAAGAAACCCAAAGUUUUGGUGAAGAAUAUUAGGAAAUCUAUGAAUGAUUUAUUUUCAACUGUGAUAGCGAACAAGUGUAGGAUAUGCUCUUUUCUUUGUGAAGAUUUGGAACAGAUUAGGAAACAUAUUAAUGACAGGCAUCCUGAGUGUAUGUUUAAUCAAAAUGGACUAGCAAAUGGAACGUCUAUUUUAUUAAAAAACACUAACAAAAACUCGAUUGAAAUUAUUGAAGGCAACAAAGAGUUUACUGUGUAUAUCUGCAAGGAGUGUCAUACAGUUUUUAUAGACAAUAAUGAACUGAUAAAACAUAUGAACCAAGUACACAAAACAGUAUCAGAAGAAGAUUGUGGAAAUACUGAUGAGAAGACUAAAACAGAAUGUGAUCAACCUAUUUUGUUAAAAAAGCAAGAAAAAAUCAUGCAGAAAGUUAAAUGUUCAGUUAAAGGAUGUAUGGCGCGCUUUCCUUCAGAUGAUCACAGAAGAAAACACGAAAAAUUGCACGUAAACGAUUUAAAAAGUUCCUUUAAGUGCACAGAGUGUGAUAAGAUUUUCGCCAUGUGGCCAACUACCAGAGUCCACAUGUACAAGGAACAUGGAAUGGAUUUCGGAAUGAUCGUGUGCCCUGUUUGCAACCUAUUUAAGAGCUACAGGACGAUACAGGUGGUCAGACAUAUGAUGAUCCAUUCAGAAGAAAAACCAUUUUUGUGCGCCCAAUGCGGCAAAACAUUUAAACAACUCACCCAGUUAAAAAACCAUGAAGUUAUUCACAAGGUGCCAGAAGAUCUUCCCACAUGGACAAAACUAAAGAAAUGCCCUAAAUGUGACAAGUUCCUUGCAAACUCAAAAAUUUUAAAAUCUCACAUUAAAACGGUGCACGAAGGUAUUAAGCCUUUUAUUUGCAAUAUCUGUGGACAUAAGAGUUCGCGGAAGGAAAUGCUGACGUUGCACAUAAGGCAGCAUACUGCUACUAAACCGUUUGAAUGUGACUAUUGUACUUUUAGAACCGGAGAUCCCAACAGUCUUAGAAAACACUCUAUGAAACACAUGAAGGCUGCCUCAUACCAAUGUCCAUACUGCCCAUACAACUGCAUCCAGACAGGUUCAUUAAAGAAUCACUUUGAAAGAAAACAUAAAGAUCAACCUGGAGUAUUUUAUUGUAAGCAUUGCAGCUUCAGUACUAUUAACGAAACUUUAAUCCCUUCACAUGAAAAGCUGCACGAAGUCGACAAAGGUCAAACCUGUGAUCAAGCCGAUUCUUUGCCAGUGAAUCAGUUCAAUGACAACGAUUUACAGACUGACGAGGAAACCCAGAGUUGUUUCCUGAAUACAGAAUCCCACAUCGAAGAGACUGUAGACAAUGGGGGGAUUACAAUUCCAGCGGGGUUAGAAAUACCGCCAUUAAUAUCCUCACACAACGGUAUAUUAUGAUAAUUAAAGGAAUACGACAAUUCUGUGAUAUAUUUACGGUUUAAGAAAGUCUUCAUACAAGUAAUGAAUGUUUGUAUUAAAUUUUUAUAGUUCGUGUUUGUUAAAUAAGGAAUUGCAAUAAAAGUUUAUAGUUUUUUA